GGUUUUUGAUUAUCAGUCGUUUUAGGACUCUGUUAUAUAUACACGCUUCUUCUAUUCAGAGUUCAAAGUCUAGGGUUUAUCUGUUGUUCUCAAUACCAAUUAGUUGAAAGAUCGGAGAGCAUGGGUAUGAUUAGUGACUUACCUGACCAGAUGCUCCUUGAGAUUCUAUCAUGGCUUCCAACAACAGAAGUGGUAGCCACAAUGCUUUUGUCCAAACAAUGGAAGUUUCUUUGGAAGCAAGUGCCAAAACUUUAUUAUAAUUAUAGCGAACACGAGGGCAGAGACUUUUCAGAAUUCGUGAGCAGGUCUUUGCAGUCACAAGUGGCUCCAAGUUUCAAAAGUCUCAAGUUAUCGGUAAGUCCUUAUUGCGACUCGAGGGAUGUUAAAAAUUGGAUUGAUUUAGCAGUUUCGCGGUUUGUGCUUGAGCUUGAAAUCGACCUUACCGCCGCUCAAAACCCGAUGAUCACGGCUCUUCCAAAGAGUAUGUACACUUGCGGGACACUAAGUUGUUUGAGGCUAAAGGCUCUUGUACUCGAUGAUAUACCUGAAGACUAUCCAAUCUGUCUUUCAUCACUUAAUUAUUUGUACCUCUCCGUGUCAAUUCAAGUGUCGGCUGACAAAUUUAUUGGCAAGCUCUCAGCUGGUGCUCCUCUUCUUAAAAAGACAGUGGUGCAAGGUCCUGUCUAUGGUGAUGAGUUUCUUGAUUCUAUGACAAGUUAUAGCGAGCUGAGGAGCUUUACAACGUGCUUAUCAGAGUGGGGUCCCACCGUCGACUCUUACUUUAAUAAGCUUGAGCAUUUGUGUAUGUGCACAUGUUCCUCUGGAUGGUGGGAUUUGUUAAUCAAUUUUCUUCAACAUUCCCCUAUAUUACGCCAACUCCAGCUAAUCAAGUCUUGCAACUCGCGGCCUCUGUCUUCUGGGAAUCAGCCAGGUUUUACUAGUACUACUCAUGUUCCGGAGUGUUUGUCAACAACGCUUCAAACCUUGGAGUGGAGAGAUUAUGCAGAAACUGAAUUUGACAUGCCGGUGGUCUCUUUUCUCCUUAAGAAGGCUACACGUUUAACCGAGGCCAAGAUCUUCCCCGAAUCAGCUGCCGGUCCAAUUGAGAAGCUUAGAAUCCGCACUGGCCUGGCAAAGUUAUCUAGAGGUUCACCUUUAUGUCAUCUUAACUUAGGGAAUUAAAUUUCAAAAUUCAUUAUAUUUUCUAAACAAUUGCAUAUUAAUGUUUUCAGAAAGUUCAGGGUCUCUCCAUAUAUGAUUCUUUUGCUAUAUUCAUGUUUUUUGUCACAUUUGCGAACUAACUUACGUUGUCGCAAAGCUUAAUGAUCUUUCAGCCAAGAGACGGAAACGAAGUUAUAUUUUCUUACCUUUUUUUUUUUGUCAAAGUAUUUUUUACCUUUCUUGUCAGACAAGUUACCAAUUCAAGAAGUACAACAAAAAGAGAUACGAAAGAGAGUUAUAAAGUCACUUUCGAUGAGUUUUAAUUAUUAUUUGAGUUAACAAACACGUGUGAGUGAGUUAGAUUAGUGAUAAGUGGAUUGAUCCAAUCAAUUUUAUAUACUAGUUAAUGUUCUUUUCAAUUUCCUAUUCUAAUGUGAAACAAUUUGUUUCUAAUAAUAUAUUUUAAGAUGAUGUUUUAUAAGCAUUAAUCUCGGAAUGUUCAAGUAUUCAUGGGCCAACUUUGGACCAAAUAUUUUCUUUGACUUAAAGCUUGGAGUAUACAGUAACAUAGGAUAGAAUAUUUUUAGUAAUCGAUGUAGAAUGAUAAGUUUUGCGACCAUUGUGUUAAAUCCAAAAUUGGCUUCUGUCAAUUUUCCCUCUCUUAUCCUAUAUAUUAAUAGAGAAACAUUUAAAAAGUUAUAACAUAUAGUUUGAAUUAAUUAAAAAAAUGCUCUGCUGAGUUGUCACAUAAUUAGAAUGCUAAUUUUGUUUACGUGGCGGUUUGAAAAUCAAAUGAAAAUUUUGUUAGUCUAAAAUUAAAUUGCUAUAAAAUAUUAUA